CACGCACAAAAAGCACCCACAAUCCCUACCCAGAGGUUUCACCAUACACUUCUGUCUUCUCUCCCUCACCACCAAAGACCAAAGUCUCUUCAGUUUCUUCACUAAACAGUUCUCUCUCUCUCUCUCUCUCUCUCUCUCUCUCUUGCAUAUAAGAAGAACAAACAUGAAUAGUUUUGAUCCUCAGGAAAGGCAAGAACAAUCCUUGAAAAGAAGAUGGCAAGAGAAAAGACUGAUCUCAAACAUCAGCCCUAGGCCACCUUCUUCUCUUCCCUUCAUGGCUCACUCAAAAAGCUUCCCUAGCCUUGACAAUGAUGAUCUCGUUUCAGCCGUUGUUCCUCCGGUGACAGUUGUCCUGGAGGGCCGUUCAAUCUGCCAAAGGAUCAGCCUCCAUAAGCACGGAAGCUACCAUAGCCUUGCUAAGGCUCUCCGGCAAAUGUUUGUGGAUGGCGCUGGUGGUGACGUAGCAGAGACCACCGAUCUUGAUCUAACAAAUGCAGUUCCUGGUCACCUCAUUGCAUAUGAAGACAUGGAAAAUGAUCUCCUCCUCGCCGGCGACCUUAACUGGAAGUAUGGAUUUUGUACGUGUGGCUAAGAGGAUUAGAAUAUUGCCUGUUAAGGGGAAUUCAAGGAAGAGAAGAGGAGGGGCAUAGGUCUGUUGAAAUCAAGAAAAUUAAUUAAUAUUAAACAGUUUUUGUCUUGCUAGCUGUGGAAAAUAACCUGGCUAGCCAGCCAGCCAGCCAGUCUAGUCUUUGGAAAGAUAUGCAGUCUUGUAAUUCCAUACGUGUAAAAUCAUUAUUUAGCAUGUUCUUAUCUUUUAAUAUAACAAAUUAGACUUCCUUCUUCUA